UCGAACUUAGUUCAAGUUCCAACAUCUAUAGAAUAUAGCAAGGCUUGCCAUUUCUGAUUUCUUACUUCGAUCGAGGCUCAGCUCUUUUUGGAAAAAAAAUACCCAAAUGGCUCAAAUUCGUGAUGAGUAUGGAAACCUAGUGCAGCUCACAGAUGAGCAUGGCAACCCUGUUGAGUUGACAGACGAGCAUGGAAACCCUAUGCACCUCACGGGUGUAGCUACUAGCACGGAAACCGAAACCGGAACAUACACCGGUUCCGGUGUGCAUGUUCCAGGAUCUGGGACCACGGGUGGAUACGAGGAGCAUGGUGGCGCGUUGGGUGCCGCUGGAGUUGCGACCGGGCUUGGAAUGUUUGGUGAUAAACAAACAAAUGAUCAAUCUCAUGGGUAUGAUGGUGGUCUCGGUGAGCACCGACAACAACAGCCCCACUACGGUGGUGUUACUGGUGAAGUCCGCCGUUCUGGCAGCUCAUCAAGCUCUAGCUCUGAGGAGGAUGAUGGGCAAGGUGGGAGAAGGAAGACGAAGGGACUGAAGGAUAAAAUAAAGGAAAAAUUGACUGGUGGGAAGCACAAGGACGACGCUCAGCAGCAAGCACACGGACAUGGACAAGAGCAAGGACAGGCACACACCAUAGCCGUCGGUACCGCCAUCACAACCACAGCGACAACUGAGCCGGAGAAGAGGAGUAUGAUGGAGAAGAUCAAGGACAAGCUUCCUGGUCAUCACAGCCACUAAAUUAUUUAUUAAGAUUAAUUGUGUGUGUUGGUGGUUAAUUAAUUGUGUGCAGUUUGUUG